AUGCCAUUUACCAACUAUUCUAUCAUAGAGGAUUUCGAUGUGGGAUGGACGGCUGGUAGAAUCGAAAAUAGCGCCUUUGUCCGCACGAUCUACGGCCUGAUCGCUUUCUGUGGAAUCACCGGCAACGCUCUCGUCUGCUUCGUUCUCCUCCGCGUCCCCGCGCUCCGUACUCGUACCAGCCAUUUCAUCAUCAAUCUCGCCGUCAAUGACCUCGCGACGUCCCUCCUCGUCAUUCCAUUUCACCUGUUCAUGAAUUUUCCACCUGCGCCGUCCGGUUUGGCGGGGCAGCUCUACUGUCGGCUUUUUAUCUCGAAGGCCGUGCUGUGGGCCUCGAUCGUCGCUUCGGCCUGUAGCCUCGUCGCUGUCACCGCAGAGCGUUAUUUCGCAGUGGUCCAUCCCAUCCGGUAUAAGCUUUACUUCACACCCAGACUUGCCAUCAUCGUGGUUGUCUCCUGCUGGGUUUUCGCCAUUCUCCUGUGUUUCUAUCACAUGUUUUCUUAUAAGCCAUCCAAUGGUUUCUGUAUCUUCAUCCCUUUCUCGAAUCGAGUCGAUCAAAUGCCAAUGAACUUUCCAAUAUUUCUAGAUGGUGAAGCUGGAAUCAACAAGGACCGAUGGCAGUUUAGAGCAGCUGACGACAUGCAGAAGACACUCUGGGUCGUCGUUCUCUUCUAUGUCAUAUGCUGGGGACCGAACCAUUUCCUCUUUCUCGCUUUCACACUCGGCGCCCGUGUCGACUUCACCUCGCAGUACUACCAUUUCACCGUCAUCAUCGCCCUCUUCAACUCCUGCGUGAAUCCCUUUAUCUACGUGUUUAAGAACAAGGCGUUUCGAAGGGGUGUUCUUCAGGCUUUCCGUCUGCUCCCGGGGAGGGCAUCUGUUCACCCUGCGGGGUCGGGUAGUGGGACAGGGACUGGGGUCUCUACUGGGGUCUCUACUGUUAGGGACACAGGAUCAACGAUUAAUUAG